CUUUAAACAAUUCCUCUUUUCCCUCUCUCCUAGCCGCUGGCAAUCACCAUUCUACUUUCUGUUUCUUAGACUUUGAUUGCUUUAGAUAAUUCAUACGAAUGGAAACAUGCAGUAUUUGUCUUUUUGGGGGGUUGUGCUCACUUUUAAGGCUUUUGAUACCUAGUACUACACUGACCUCCAGAAAGGCUGUUAACGAUUUACAGUUUGACUGGAACCAUGUGUCCAUCUGGGCUGAGUUCAUUGCUUGCUUAGCAUCUAUCAGUUGUUUCAAUUCCUGCCAGUUUGAUAGAGGAACAAAUAGUGGACCCAAAUAGGAUUUUACUUUGGAUAAGGCCAUUGUCCUAUGAGAAUCCUGGCUGAAAUACUUGCUCCAGCACUUAGGAGCUGUGUGACCCGGGACAACUCACUUUUCAGUGCUUCUGUUCCCUUAUGUGUAAAUGGGGAUAAUAAUAUACACGUAUAUAUUAUACACAUUUAUUAUGAGGAAUUAGUUAAUAAAUGUGAAGCUGUAAGAACAGUGCCUGGAAUAUAGUAAGCCCAAAUGUAAGAUAGCUAUUAUCAUUUUUGUCAAUCCUUGCUAAUGUAAUACAUGGAAAAUUACAGCCAGCUAUUUUAAUUUACAUCUCCUCGGUAAUCAGUUGAACGUGAAUGUUCUCUGUAUUUAUACUGGCUAUUGGUACUUCUGUCAAGGGUUCCUUUUUCAAAGCACUGUGGCAAACGGGAUCUCACUUGAUCCUCCCAAUAAACUCAUGAAUGAAGAAGGUGGCAAUCAUCAAUCCCCACUUUUCGAAUUAAGAAAUUGAAGCUUGGAAUUUGAAUUCUGAGCAAUUCCAAUUCCAGGAUUCAGAUCUCACCCUCUAAAACCUAGUAGCUGUUGCUGAAAAUAUAACGGGAAAAAGCUUUUGUUAGCCGUAAACACCACCCACCCCGACGUGGCUCCGCCCCUGCCCCGCCCCGGCACCGGCUUGCCCCGCCCCGCCCUCUACGCGGUUUUCCAGACAUCCUCUCUGCGCACGCGCGGCCGCUCUUGUGUGUGGAAGCCUCCUGGCGCCUGGCCCUCCGCCCCUCCCCCCCGGCGCGCGGCCCCGCCCAGGACGAGGCGCGGCGGGCGCGCAGCGCUGGGUCCAGUGGUGCGGAGAAGGCGAGGAUUACCCUCCCGGAGGCGUUGUCUGCGACUUGGCGGAGGCUCCAACUUCCAGCGGCCCGGUCGGGAAAGAUCAGAGCCUCCUAAGAAAUAUCCAGAAGUCAAGCCAUGGAUCCACCUGCACGUAAAGAAAAAACCAAAGUUAAAGAAUCUGUCAGCAGAGUUGAGAAGGCCAAACAGAAAUCAGCCCAGCAGGAGCUGAAGCAGAGACAAAGAGCAGAGAUCUAUGCCCUCAACAGAGUCAUGACAGAACUGGAGCAGCAGCAGUUUGAUGAGUUCUGUAAACAGAUGCAGCCUCCUGGAGAAUGAGGCCCCAGGUUCAAACCAGAUGGGAUCCUGAGAGCUUUGUUUGAGAGGGUGUUGCCAGUUUUAAGCUGAGAUGGCCCAUUUGGAGCCUUACAGAACUAGACCAGAAGACAUUUGUGGAUAAAUCUGAACUCACUUCCUGUGUGUAACUUGUACUUCACUGGUUCCUUCAAUUUGAAUUGGCCGCAUGCCUGCUGAAGAGACUUGUUUUCUUCUUCUAAGACAGUGGUUUUGUUUUUUGGGUUUUUAAAACACACACACACACACACACACACACACACACACACAAAAAACACUUUUUCUAUUGUUUGAGAAAAAUCAGUGUUUCUCAUGAAACUCUAUAUCUUCUCCAAAAAUACAAAUAAAAUACUAAUAAAAUGUU